AUGGAUGCCACAGCCUUGCGGCUUCUGCGCCAACUCCUGGCACCUGAUGCCACCGCCCAGCAUUCAGAGGAGCAUGACAAGGUGCCCCACGACGUGAUGGCUGCGGGCUCGCUGACCUCUACCGCGAGUUUCGAAGGGUUGCAGCAGCACCUGACCUCGCUGGACAGUUUGCUGCACAACGUCUACGAGCGACAAGACCAGUCAUCUGUUGCCAUUGCUGCACGCAUGGCGAGCCUGGAGCGACAGAUAGGCAAGCUGCAUGGUCGGUAUGUCAAAGGUGCGAAGACGCGGAGCAAGGUGAUGAGAAAGCGCUUUCCCACAUCUUCCGCAAGUUCAGAAACUGCCCGGAAGAAGCCGAAGGUCCAGGAGACGCUGCCUCCAAUGUGCAUUGAACGAGACGACCCAGCGCAGCGGCCGGCUGGAAGCUGCGCUUACUUUCGCAUGGAUGCGGAGGACGAGGAGAGUGACCAUGAGCCGCUGGAGGCCGCGACACCGGCAACCAGCGACGCCUCGACGGCUGCGUCGCCGAGCGACCUGGGCACUCUGGCGGAUGACAUGAGCAAGCAUGCGGUUCCAGACAUCCCGGCCAGCUGGAUGUGUGAGCCGGAAAGCGGCAACAGGUCCCUGUUCUUCGAUGUCUGCCAUGGCUCGCCAUUUUUGCAGGGUGUGCUGGACUUCCUUCGCGUACUGGAGAUCGUACGGUGGCGUGCGACGUCACGCCAGGCCAAGGAGCCCAAGGCGUUGAUGCUGCAUCUUGAGGAUUGGGGCAGCUUCAGCAGGCCGGCGUCAGUCCUGGACUUCUGCAAGAUCCAUGCUGGAAUCGCGGACGCUUGCAGAGGUCUGCCAGAGACGUCUGAAGCUAGAGGGCAGGUGAUUAAAUCGCGAUGCGAUGGGAAUCUGACGCUGGAGAAGGUCUUUCGCAGCCAAUGUUGGCUCUGCGAACAGACCUCAGCCAGGUGGGCGUGCUUUCCCGAGAGUGAAGUCAAGGAGAUGACGCGCACAGUCAUCCGGGAGCUGCUCCUGCAAUGCCAUUGCGUCGACGAUGUUGUGUUUUUGGGAGGUUUUGCCGUGCUAGAUUGGAUCGCGCCCUAUGGCCGGCGCGAUGUGCAGGAAGACAUCGGGUUUGCGUUUUUGGGCGUGUUGAGUUCUUUGUUGCUCAGACCAAAAGAGUACUGGAGCAGAAAGCGCCGUCUCAUGCGCAGUGUCGUGAAAAUCUACCAGUCGCUGGGGGCAGCACAGCGGCAAGGGUGGGUGGCCGUGCUGGCAAGGCUGUUGAAGCAGGAAGAUGAGAGAGAGAAGCAGGAGUUCAUCAUUUCCACAAUUGAGAUCUUCUAUCUGGGAGACGCAGAGCCAAGAAAGACCUUUGCGCCAGCGGACACGGAGCUUGAGGAGAUUCAGCACGACAGGUCAACGACAGCGGCUGUGCGAAGGGCACUCUCCGCCAUGCGGUUCCCCGGUGCCUGA